ACCCUCCUCACCUCACGCUCCUCCUCGUCUACCUCCUCGUCACUCGUCUCCCUCCUAAGAUAGGAGCCCAACACAAACACUCGUGCUCAUUCUCUUCCAAAUGUUGGGCGAGAAAAACAAUGGAGAUUAGCUAGAGGGUUUUAUUUUACUUGCCUCUCGCUUCCAGUAGGCGCAUUGUUCCUUCUCCUCCACCGUUUCUUCCCCCGGUACCCUGCAGCGCUUGUGGGUUCUCCAUCGCCUAGCAAGGAUGGUGCCGGCUCUGAGGCUCCUCCUUGCUUUCCUGGCGAUCGGAUCCUGCAUAGCGGCCGACCACAUCGACCUGUGGCCGAUGCCCAAGUCGGUGACCCACGGGACGCAGAGGCUCUACGUCAGCAAAGACCUCGCAAUGUCGAUGGAGGGAAGCAAGUACUCUGAUGAGAAGGCCAUCCUGAAGGACGCCUUCCAGAGGAUGGUGGGUUUGCUGAAGCUGAACCACGCCGCUGACGGUGCGAACCCAAGUUCCUACGUGCUCACCGGUGUCAACAUAGCUGUUCAUUCAACAGAAGAUGAGCUCAACUUUGGGGUAGAUGAGUCGUACAACCUGACUAUUCAUACAGUUGGGGAACCAUUGCAUGCACACAUUGAGGCUCAAACAGUUUUCGGAGCACUUCAUGCCUUGCAGACAUUUAGCCAACUGUGUUACUUUGAUUUCACAUCAAGGCUUAUUGAACUCAACUCGGCUCCGUGGAUGAUUACUGAUGCACCCAGAUUUCCUUACCGGGGUCUUCUCAUAGAUACCUCAAGGCAUUACCUUCCUCUUACGACAAUCAAAGGAGUGAUUGAUGCAAUGGCAUACAGUAAAUUGAACGUUCUCCAUUGGCAUAUCGUAGAUGAGCAGUCAUUUCCCAUUGAAAUACCUUCAUACCCAAAACUCUGGAACGGUUCAUACUCUUAUUCAGAGAGAUACACGAUGUCUGAUGCCGUUGACAUUGUACGAUAUGCUGAAAACCGAGGUGUAAAUGUCUUGGCUGAGAUUGAUGUUCCUGGUCAUGCUCUCUCAUGGGGUGUUGGCUACCCAACAUUGUGGCCAUCAGAUAGCUGCAAAGAACCGCUUGAUGUCAGUAGCAACUUUACCUUCACAGUUAUUGAUGGUAUACUUUCAGAUUUUAGCAAGGUUUUUAAGUUCAAAUUUGUCCACUUAGGAGGUGAUGAAGUCAACACAAGCUGCUGGACUGCAACACCCCACAUUAAGGAAUGGUUGAAUGAUAACCACAUGAAUGUGUCAGAUGCAUACAGAUAUUUUGUAUUGAGAACUCAAAAGAUAGCAAUAUCACAUGGCUAUGAUGUCGUUAACUGGGAAGAAACGUUUAACCACUUCGGGGAAAAGUUGGACCGUAAGACCGUGGUUCACAACUGGCUUGGAGGGGAUGUAGCACCAAAAGUGGUUGCUGCUGGGCUGAGAUGCAUAGUAAGCAACCAGGAUAAGUGGUACCUAGAUCACUUGGAUGCCACAUGGGAAGAAUUUUACAUGAAUGAACCCCUGAAAGGAAUUGACAACCCAGAACAGCAACGCUUGGUUAUUGGUGGUGAGGUUUGCAUGUGGGGAGAGCAAAUUGAUGCGUCAGAUAUCGAGCAAACUAUUUGGCCACGUGCUGCAGCUGCUGCAGAGAGAUUGUGGACUCCAAUUGAGAAGCUUGCAGAAGAUGCCAGGUCAGCCACGUCAAGACUCUCACGCUUCAGGUGCUUGCUGAAUCAGAGAGGGGUAGCUGCUGCACCACUAGCUGGGGAUGGUCGUACAGCACCAUAUGAACCUGGUCCCUGUGUAAGGCAAUAGGAUAUUCGUAGCAAAACUGGAAGUAGUAUCACAGAGGAUACACAUCAUUUCAAGAUUCAGUUUUACCAAGUCAGCAAUGCAUAUUUCAAGUGGUUCUAUGGUUGUGUAACUAUAGAAGGUUUGAGUGACUCAUUACUCUUCUUUA